CUAAAUUACAUAAAAUCUUAAUUUAAAAUGGGAUUUUUAACUAUAGAAAGUCUGUUAUAAAAUAUAGAUUUUAAGGUGUCAUUUGUAGAAUCCAAAAAACACUCUGGUCCCAGUGUAUCGACCUCGGACUGAGCUAAUGCAAUUUGAUGUAUAACGAAAUCGCUCCCCAAGAGAGCUGGCAAUUGUCUUUGGUUGUGGAUGUGUGGUGUCUUCCAGCUUGAGAUGCUCGUGGCACUGAGCUUAGUUUCAAAUCUGUCGCUUCCAACGCUUGCAGGUGGAGUCCCUCUAUCAAAUCCAGAUUAGUGUCGACUCAAACGAAAUGAAUACGAUCAAGUACCUCAAGGAGCUGAGUGAUCAGGAGCGCGAGAAGUUCUUUGAUUCCUUUGACUUGGUUUUCUGCGAUUGCGAUGGUGUCAUUUGGUAUCCCCUGAGGGACUUCAUACCCGGCUCAGCGGAGGCCCUGGCCCACUUGGAGUCUCGCGGCAAACAGGUGACCUUUGUGACCAACAACAGUAUCAGUUCUAUGAAGGAGCACAUCGAGAAGUUUGCUCAACAGGGAAAUCUAAAGAUUAAAGAGCACCAAAUUGUGCAUCCUGCCCAAACUAUUUGCGAUCAUCUAAAGUCCAUUAAUUUCGAGGGACUGAUUUACUGCCUGGCCACGCCGCCCUUCAGGCAAGUCCUUAAGGACGCCGGCUUUCAGCUGACUGAAGAGAGUGGCACUGGCAUCAUCAAAAGCCUCAAGGAUCUUCACGAAGCCAUCUAUGGCGGAGAGUCCGUAGAAGCUGUCAUCAUCGAUGUGGACUUUAAUCUAUCGGCAGCCAAGAUGAUGCGUGCCCAUGUCCAGCUGCAGAAUCCCAAUUGCCUGUUUCUGGCUGGAGCUGCCGAUGCCCUGAUACCCUUUGGUCAUGGUGAUAUUAUAGGACCAGGACCUUUUAUUGAUGUGGUGACCCAAUCCGUUGGCCGUCAGCCAAUUACUUUGGGCAAGCCAGGAGAGGAUCUUCGCCAGUUGCUCCUGCAACGUCAUCCGGAUGUGCCGCCGAGUCGUGUUCUCUUUGUGGGUGAUAGCCUGGCCAGUGAUAUUGGAUUUGCUCAAGCCAGUGGCUACCAGACCCUGCUGGUCCUCACCGGUGGCACGCGGCUGGAGGAUGUACAGCGACUAUCCCCUGGUCAUGCCCAGGUGCCAGACUAUUUGGCCGAUUGCCUUGGGGAUAUAUGUAGAGCUGAUAAUCGUUGAAGUGAAGUGUUUGUGGCUGAUAACUCUCUGGCUCUAUUUUGUUUGUAUUACUUAUAUAAUCAUCGUGACAUUAUCGUCUAUAAACAAAUAACAACAUAGAUUAAAUUUUAGCUUUUGUAGAGCCCUA